GCUCCUCUGUCUCUCAGCUUGUGGCGCGUCCAGACGUGGUGGAGAUGCACGACGUGACGGCGCAGGAGCCCAAGCUGCUGGUUCACCUGAAGGCCGCCAGGAACACGGUGCCUGUGCCCCGUCACUGGUGCUUCAAGAGGAAGUACCUGCAGGGCAAGAGGGGCAUAGAGAAACCCCCGUUUGAGCUGCCCGAGUUCAUCAGGAGAACCGGCAUCCAGGAGAUGAGAGAAGCCCUGCAGGAGAAGGAAGACGCCAAAACCAUGAAGACCAAAAUGAGAGAGAAGGUUCGGCCCAAGAUGGGGAAGAUCGACAUCGACUACCAGAAGCUGCACGACGCCUUCUUCAAGUGGCAGAUCAAGCCCAAGCUCACCAUCCACGGGGACCUGUACUACGAGGGUAAAGAGUUCGAGACGCGUCUGAAGGAGAAGAAGCCGGGCGAUCUGUCUGCUGAGCUGCGGGUGGCUCUGGGGAUGCCCACCGGACCCAACUCUCACAAAGUUCCUCCUCCGUGGCUGAUCGCCAUGCAGAGAUACGGUCCUCCACCCUCGUAUCCAAACCUGAAGAUCCCCGGCCUCAACGCCCCCAUCCCUGAGGGCUGUUCGUUCGGGUAUCAUGCGGGCGGUUGGGGUAAGCCUCCUGUGGACGAGACGGGCAGACCGCUGUAUGGAGACGUGUUCGGCACCAACGCCAUAGACUUCCAGGCCAAAGCAGAGGAGGAGGAAGUGGACCGAACCCCGUGGGGCGAGCUGGAGGCGUCUGAUGAAGAGUCGUCUGAGGAAGAGGAGGAGGAGGAGGAGAGCGACGAGGAGAAGCCAGAUGAAACGGGCUUCUUCACUCCUGCAGACAGUGGCUUGAUCACUCCGGGCGGCUUCUCCUCCGUUCCCGCCGGCAUGGAGACGCCAGAGCUCAUCGAGCUCAGGAAGAAGAAGAUCGAGGAGGCCAUGGACGGAAACGAGACGCCUCAGCUGUUCACGGUGCUGCCGGAGAGGAAGGCAGGGGCGGUCGGAGCCGCUAUGAUGGCGUCCACACACAUCUACGACAUGUCUACGACGGUGACCAGUCGUAAGGGUGGAGUCUCGGUGCUGGGUGGAGACUCUCAGGGGGUGGAGGUGGCCCUGGCGCCGGAGGAGCUGGAGCUGGACCCCAUGGCCAUGACGCAGAAGUACGAGGAGCACGUCAGAGAGCAGCAGGUGGAGAAGGAGGACUUCAGCGACAUGGUGGCCGAGCACGCUGCUAAACAGAAGCAAAAGAAGCGCAAGGCUCAGCCGCAGGACUCACGCUCUGGAGCCAAGAAAUACAAAGAGUUCAAGUUCUAGCCCUGCGGUGUGACUCCUCCUUCAUUUCUUUCAUUUCUUCUUCCUUCAACCUGCUGAUGUCGUGUAGAAGCCCUUGUGUUUGUACUUCAUGACACAGAGCGACGGUUUUCAUUUAUGCUUGAUGUUUUUGUAAAUAAAAUGCUAGUCCAUGACAAACA